AUGAGCAGCGAAAGGCCAGAGUCGGACACCUCUGGCAGUCCGAGGGCUAGCAUCGCUGGUCCCUCUAGUGGCCAGCGGAGGGAAAGGGGAGCAAUUGCAGCCCAGGCCUGCGACAAGACCCUUGUGGAAAUACUCGAACGCAUCAAGGGGUUGGAGCAGAAGUUUGACACCCUGACCAUGCAGCAGGCUCCUUUCCAUGCACCUAUGGUGACAAACCACCCGGUAGUCACUCAAGUAUCGAUACCUCAGGAUAGUCUCUCUCCUAUGACGGGUACGGGAGCCCAUGCUUCUGAAGAUGGCAGCAUAAUCACAGGUGUCAGCCCGCCUCAUGCGUAUGCUACUUCAGUUCAUCAGAUGCUUGGCUGGCCUAUAAUUCAACAGCUGCUUAACAGUGUCAGCGCAAGGAUGCCAGAGAUCAACGCUGCCAAUCUUGAACAAGAGGGAAUCAACAUUAUUUUGGGCAUCAACAAGUCAGACUACCUGCCGUCCGAACCAGUUGGACCUGUUACCACGAUUGACUCGACCACGUCUAUGCCCAAUCCAAACAUCUCGGGGUUUGGCGGUAUCCCACUGACGAGCACCUCCAUGCAGAUACUCUCGAAUGCAUACUUUGAUACCUUCAAUCACUGCCAUCCCUUAUUAGAGCGAAAUACCUUUUUGAGCGACAUUUUGGGUCCACUUUGCAGUGAUGGUCUGGACAGCAUAGUCAAGUCAACCUUGGCAUUGAUUGUGUUUGCUUUGGGAGAACUUUCCAUCGCAGGUGACCAUGGUGCACCCGUCACUGUGUACAACACCCGCCCCAGUGGCGUCAAGGGCGGUACACUUAGGAAUCCACCCGGCCUGGCAUUAUACAACGAGGCGCGGCGGCGCAUGGGCUUCACCAUGGCCGAUUCGUCACUCGAAACUGCGCAAGCGUUUGCUCUAGCUGGCUAUUUUGAUAUUGAACUGGGGCUCCCCCGUGGUAUACUGGAGCAACUGGAGGAUAUUGUCGGCCCUCCGGUGUUCAGUAGUUUGCUCUCUCACGAUGAUAUCAUGGGAACGACCCUGGCACAGGACCAUUUUGUGUCUGCCGUAGCAAUGCGAAGGCUGGCUUUAGAAGCCCAUGCAGUGCUCAAUAACGGCCACUUUGCUUCUCGCUAUUCCACUGGCGCUCUCGAUCCAGAUGGCUUCACCUUGGCUGUAAAGAAUCUAGUCAGCCAGGUUGAUCACUGGCGAACAAUGCUUCCAGCUCCGCUCCGCUGGCGAGAGACACAGCCGGGCGAGUUUCCCAAUCCCUCCCUCUACUCUGAAGUCCACAGGUCGUCAGUGUUCGCCAGUGCAUCUCUCGACAUACCCCCGCCGGCUCUGAGUAGCUCAUCUUCGGGCUUCAUGUUUACCACCGAUCUUGAUGUAGCGCCGGUCACAUACCCAUACAACCUCGACAUCAUGACUGCAGUGCUGCGGUCGAGGUAUUACUACAUCAAGCUUGUAAUUCACCGCCCAUACGUCUACAAGGCUCUCGUCAACCCGGAGCAUAUGUCAGGAGAGGAGGCCGAGGGCGCGGCCGAGUGCCUCAGGGCCUGCCUAAAGUGGCCCAUAUCCAUGUCGCCAACGUGUGCGCACAAGAGGCUGAUCCCUUGCCUGUUCUUCUGGACGCAAAACAUGCUGGGGAUAUUGAUCCUGCUGCAUCUCAGCCAGAACACACCGAUGUUGUCCAGGAUACGCAGCACCUUAUGUGGAGAGAGCUUUGAGCUGGAAGCGAGCGAGACGGUUGGCUUGUACCUUGACUGGCUGCGAGACCUCAAGAGUGUUGACGCGGCGGCUGCAUGGGCGUGGGCGAUUGUGAGAGCUGUGUACAAUCUCGAAGAGUAG